GGCGGCAUUUACGACCAUGGUGUGACGUCAUUGUCGUAACGUUGGAGAAUGUGUCGGUAAAUAAAGGCUUAGCUUUGAGUUGUAAUUUCAGAACGGCUUUUAGCUGCUCUUUUCUUCUUGAUAUUUAUAUUUUGUUAAAUGUAUACGAGAUAAUUGAAUAAUAGGGCAUGGUCAUGGAUGUCAGUUGAAACUCGGCUAGCUAUGUGCUGCUAGCUGUAUUCUUACAUUGUGCACAGAGCAGCUCUCUUUAGCUUAAUGCUAACGUUGGCUAACUUGCUAGCUUGCACUUGAAAUUUAUCCACCAAACGUUUGCGUGUAAAACAUUAAACCACAACCUGGACUGUGCGUGGGACUAGUUUAUCCACUUCAGCACUGAAAGCAAUAUUAAUAUAAAAUGUCAGCGCAAAAAGACUGUGAGUUUUUGGUGAAGAGAGCCCGGGAGCUGGUCUCUGAUGAUCCCUGUGCGGCUAAAGCCUGGCUCAUCACAGCCAGGACACUUUACCCUGCAGAUUUCAACAUACAGUAUGAAAUGUACAUCAUUGAACGCAAUGCAGAGAGGACAGCAUCAGCAGGUAGACUGCUGUAUGACAUGUUCAUAAACUUUCCAGAUCAGCCCAUUGUUUGGCGAGAGAUCAGUGUCAUCACAGCUGCCCUGCGCAGUGACUCCCAGGACAAACAUGCACAGUUCCUACGAGGGCUUUUUGAGACACUGCCUGGCCGUGUGCAGUGUGAGAUGCUACUGAAAGCCACAGAGCAGUGUUUCAACACUUUGGAGAAGGCAGAGAUGCUGCUCCUUCUUCUUAAGCGCUUUCCAGAGUCUGUGGUCCAACAUGGGGUCAAUUUAGGAGAAACACUGUUGGAGGCGGAGGCAUCAGAGAAUGUGGAGACUCCUGUCAACUGCUUUAGAAAACUUUUUGUGUGUGAUGUCCUUCCUUUGGUCAUAAACAACAUGGACAUGCGCUUGCCGGCCAGCCUGAUGCAGAAGUACAUGCUGAAAGCAGCUGAAUUCUACAUAGGCUAUGUAACCCGUGGACCCUCACCUGAUAUACAGAUACAGGGCUCUCAAGAAGGUGGGUCUCUGAAGUCGCCCACUGUGUCCCGUGCCUCCCAGCGUUAUGUGAUUGAUGGCCUGUCAGAAAAGUCAUCAGUGGUAGCAGAACCGUGGGAGAGGCUGUUGGAUAUCCUCGCUGUGGUUGGAGCACGCUGCGAGUGGCAGGGAGACAAGGGACAAAGGAGUUAUGUGGACAUGCUGCUGAGAGUGAAGGAGCUGUGUCGCUACCUGCCUGGUCUGGAAGGCGAUACAAGGUCCCGCUGCUGCAGUCAAGUGGUCAUCUGUGCUGCGCUCGUCCUCUUCCACAGCGCCUUCCUCUAUGUCUCAGCUGUGCAGCCUGCACUGUUCCAGGGUGUGAAUGCGCUGAAUUCGUGGCCGUGGAUCCUUGUGGAGGAUUUGAGCUCGGUGUAUAAUGAUGUGGAGGUGGAGAGAGGAGCAGUUAAACAUGCACAUAAGAAACGCAAGCUGGCAGAUGGGAGAGAAAAGACGAUGAGCUCGGAUGAUGAGGAAGGGUUGGGAAAAGGUCGUGGUCGACAUAUUUUAGUGAACAAGACUGAGAUGCCCAGCUGGUCAGAGACUCUGGAGAGCUUCCGCACAGCGAGGGAAAGCUGGGACCUUCUUCACUCCCAUGAUGGCCUCGAAACUGAGUUCAAGAAAAUCUGUGCCUCUUGGAAGACGGACAGCUGGCUGUGGUUCAGAAUAUUCCUCACUGACAUGAUCAUAUACCAGGGACAGUACCGUAAGGCCCUCUCCAGCCUGCACCAGAUGGCCGCAGUGCAGCAGCCUCAGGCUGGGCAGCAGAGCCCCUCAGGUCAGGGCAGUCUGGAGCACCACAGGGCCCUCAUACAGCAGGCGUCCUGCCACUAUGCUCUGGGAGAAUACAGGAUGGCCUGUGAGAAGCUGCUUGAUGUCGUCGGUGGGCUGGUGCCCCCGACCCAAGAACCAACAAGGACCCCAGAGGAUCAGGGUAGAGUCAAGACCAAAGUGAGGAAAGGUAAUGACCUGAGGUUGCUUCCCUGCACCAGCAAAGCUGUGUUACCUUUCUGUCUCCAGCUGAUGUUGUCCUGCUUUAAGCUCCGUGCCUUCACAGACAGUCGCGACGACCUGUCACUCGGUCAUGUGGUGGUGCUCCUGCAGCAUGACUGGCCGCAGGGCGAGAUGCUGUUUUUAAAAGCAGUGGAUAAGAUCUGUCAGCAAGGCAGUUUCCAGUAUGAGAAUUUCUUCAACUAUGUCACCAACAUUGACAUGCUGGAGGAGUUUGCAUACCUGCGCACUCCAGAAGGGGGAAGGAUACAACUGGAGCUGCUGCCCAAUCAGGGAAUGCUGAUCAAGAACCCUAGUCCCGCCCUGGGGGUGGAGUUAAAUACCCUUCUGCUACAAGGGGUGCAGACGAUGGACAGACACCACACAGUGACUCGUGGGAUCACCAAAGGAGUGAAGGAAGAUUUCCGUCUGGCCAUGGAGAGGCAGGUGUCGCGCUGUGGAGAAAACCUGUUCAGUGUGCUUCACCGUUUCUGCAUCAAUGAGAAAAUCAUCAUCAUCCAGUCUCUUCCUUGACACCUGGCCUGUGACUAUUGAACCUUUUCAUAGUUGACAUUCCAGGCACAGUUUUAAUGCAGCUGGACUGACUUCAUGACUUCGACACAGGACACAUUUCUAGCUCCCUCGUCUUUAUCAUCAUUUAUCACUGAACUCUUACAAAAAGAAUUUGUCUCCUUGCCUUAAAAGUGGAUCUCUCUUGUCAGAGAGUUGGAGUUGGUUUUCUGAGUAUACAGUGCUAAUGCAGUUUCCUUAGUAUGUGUGUAGUUUUCCUCUCAGCACGCACUCAACCACAUUUGAAGUGGUUUAAUCAUAUUGUGACAAUUUGUGGGAGUCGACAUUAACAAAAAAAUUAAGUGCAUUUUGAUAUUCUCGGGUAAAGUUUAUUGUUUUUGUUACAAACUUGAAGUGUUAGUUUAUAUAAAUGUUUCCAUUAAAUUUCCUCUUAAUGGUGUAA